AUGCCGAUUGACUGGUCAUCUGUUUGUUUUCCGGGAAAGGGGAAUUCUAAGCAAAAGCAGAAAGGAGCUCAGCGGCUAGUGCUUCCCAGUGUGGAAGGGCAAGAGGGAGGAAAGUGGAUUGUCAUUGACUCUGGCAAAGUUAUAGUUCAUGCUCUUGAUGAGAAGGCUAGAGCGUACUACAAUUUGGAGGAUCUUUGGUCCAAGAAGAAGCCUGAAGAAGAUACAAUUCAGGAUUUGGAGAAGGCUUUUGUGAAGAUUCGUCCCAAGAACAACUCCAAGAGGAAACCGAAACCAGCACUGAAAAGGGCAUAA